GCCAAAACCCUAAACCCCUCCCGCCGCGACGAAGAAGAGUCCUCCGCCAUUUCCCACCGAUUUCGACCCCGCGAAGCCGUAGAUUCCCUCAGCGAAGCUCGACGUCAAUGGCGUCCGCUUGCAGCAGAGCGAUGCGGAGAGCCUCGACGUCCCUCGGACCGGCCCUCAGGUCGAGCGUCCGUACGUCUCCGCAGCUCGGAUCCGCCGCCUCCUCCCGAUCUCCUCUCCCGGCCCGGUCGACUUCUUCUCCGCUCCGCCGUUUCUUCUCUUCCAGGUCGCCGGCGGAGCUCGCGUGCGUGCAGUCGCUGUUGCCGCUGCACAGCGCGGUGUCGGCGGCCCGGUUGACGUCGUGCCUGAGCACGACGUCGAGGAGUUGCCGGGCACUCUCACAGGGUAUUCUUUGCUGCACCUCUCCAGGGCUCUAAUAUGAAUUUUGUGUUUUUUUCGUGUGAGUGGCCAUUUUUUUUCCUUUGGCUUUUCCUACUAUUUGUUCUGAAUGUUUGAUGCUUUUUAUGUUCUCGAGUGGUGGUUGUUCGUCAGGUUAUAUACCUUAGUCUCUGAUGAUACUAGUCAUGCCUUCUCUAACUAGGAAAUUUUCCUUAAUAGCAUUUGGGUAAUGAAGACUAGAUAAUAUCGAGUAGAAUUCGUAUCACGGUAGCCAACUGUGGAGAUUGGGAUCGUUAGGAUUCGGCUAAAUCGUGAUUUUGCCUGACCAAUCCGUUCUCGUGAGAUGAAGCAAUUAGAGUAGCGUGCUAGUAACGACCUCUCUCGGUGGCGUUCAGUCUUCAUUUGCUUGAGAGACAAAUGAUUAAGCCGUUCUUGCUUUCUUGGAAUUUUGAUGAACUCUUCGAGAGUAGAUUAAUUUAUUUCUCAGGCAGAUGCGCAUUAAAUAAUGGAUAGGAUACUUAUAGCAUCUAAUUGGAAUAUU